AUGAUGGAAGCUCCAACACGCAGUGCGUCAAUGGAUCCCUCAUACGGCCACUCUCGCACACGAACGACGUCGUCCUCCGUAUUUCCCUCUCAGCACUCUCAGCACUCUCAGCACCCCCAAUACCAGCAGCAGCAAUACGCACAGCAUCGACAACCGCCGCCGCAUUCGCAUCAGCAGCAGUAUACCCAGCACCAGCACCAGCACCAACAACAACGACAGCAUCCUCACCAGCUUCACCCACACCACCAGCACCACCCCAUGCAUCCGGGCCAACAGCACCACCACCACUCCCAGCCGUCGCCGCAGUCGGCUUCGAAUCCCCAACUAUGGCGCCGGUCGCCCUCCAUCGGGGCCUUUAGCAACGCUUCGAGCUUCCAGCAACCGCCGCCGGCCGCCUACCGCACUUCAAGCAGCGAUCUACGCCGCUCAACAUCCAGUCGCUCCGUUACCACCCAGGGCGGCGCUGGCGGCGGCUACGUUGCUCUUCUGCGCAAGCAAAAAGCCACAGUUUGGUGCGAGCGUGCUCAGUACGAGGACCCUCGCGUCGUGGCCCAGCAGCGUGCCGCCAAGAUGCGCGCCAACCUCGAGGUCGUUAGCGGCAACGCGGCCGGCCGCACCCAGACUGGCCUCGCCUCCGCCAAGGUCGCUGGCAAGAUUCGCCACGGCAAGGCACCCCUCGUCGUCGGCUACGCCCCCGGCGAGACGCACGUCGGCGUCGGCGGCGUGCCCCUCCGACUCAGCGCUAGGGAGAUUGAUGGCGACGGCAGCGACGACGACGACAACAAUACGGGGCCGAUGAUGGCAUCGCGCAAAGAACAGCAACACCACCGCCGCGCCGGUAGCAGCGGUCGUAGCAGUACAGGCUCUGGCCGCCGUCAGCAUCGCACCUCGGGCAACGGCACCCCCGCGCGUAACCCGAGCCUCGUUGGCACCCCUGAGCGCACCCAGAGCUUCGCCAGCAAGCCCCCGCAGCCCAAGCAGUCCAUCGACGAGUCGGCCGGCCCGAUUGACGAUGCCGCGAGCGGCCGCGCUCAGAGCUCCCGCAGCGGCAACAGCGAGCGUCGCGACGACGUACUCGAGCUCGGCCAGGGCCCAAAGCUGGCCCACAACUCGAAGCUGCACUCGGCGCUCACUAGGGAGAAGAGCGUUAAGAGCCCUGAGGAGCUUAAGCGUCGUGGGAGCGUUGACGAGCGAACAUCUACGCUGACGUCUGGUCGUCUCUUUAUUGCCAACCCCGAUUAA